AUGUUCCUCGUCGUUUAAAUAUAAACGUAAAGUGUGAUUAAAUGGGGAAACGCUCCCGGGCAUUCCACUCGAUUGUGUCAGAACGGACCUGCUGUCUGUGAGAGGAAACCGUGGAAUCAUUAACCUGCAAUGAAAACACGGGGAAUGCAGUCCGCUGCGCCGUAGAACGCACGCGACCGAAAUCCGUUCGCCUUGUUUUACUGUAACCGUCGCUAGCUUUUAUUGCGUGGUGUACCAUUAACCACCGCAAAAGUGGGCCCGGACACCCACACGGAACUAACUACACGGCUCCUGGAGGGCAUUAUAGCCUCGAAUGAAAUCCUUACGAAAAGACGAGAUCGUUACCAUUCUGAAUCAUCCUAAGAUUGACACAAAAACGAGCCGUUCUUGUUUAGGAAGUUCCGAAGGAUCAGGAGUUAGGGCAGUGAUCUUAUUUAACGUCGCCCCAUCCUUUUGACAAAGACCGUAUCAGACACACACCCCGGCUGGGAUCGAAAAGGCAGGAAGGUCAGUAGAAGCCCAAAUCAAAACCGUCAGCAAGGACUGCAGUUUUUGUAUCUUACUUAUAGCAAUGCUGCAAGGUAACCAGCAGGGUGCACUAGAGAGCUCAGCUGAUCGUCUUUGCUUGUGAUUGGAGAGGAGAGGCACACUGUGUGGAUCGGGCUGCGUAUAAAAAGAGUGUGAGGCUGUGGGUUCCUCUGGGCGACACUCGGAGGAAAUUCUACACGGUCUAAAGAACACCAGUGAACGAAGCAGGCAUCCACCAAACCUCCAGCCCUCCAAGAUGAGAGUGGUCCUGUUGGCCAGCGGCGUCCUCUGCCUGUUAGCAGGACAGGUUCUCUCCAUCUGCAGUCCUGUGGACUACACGCUGUACGUGGAGAAACCGGAGUGUGACUUCUGCGUGGCCAUCAACACCACCAUCUGCAUGGGCUUCUGCUAUUCCCUGGACCCCAAUGUGGUGGGCCCGGCGGUGAAGCGCCUGGUGGUCCAGCGGGGGUGCACGUACCAGGCGGUGGAGUACCGGACGGCGGAGCUCCCGGGGUGCCCCCCGCACGUGGACCCCCGCUUCUCGUACCCCGUGGCCCUGCACUGCACCUGCCGGGCCUGCGAUCCGGCGCGGGACGAGUGCACGCACAGGGCCAGCGCCGACGGGGACCGCUGCUCCAAGCCCCUCCUCCUGCACAUGCACGCCUACCCGGGACAGAGCAACUACAUCCAGACCCUCUGAGACCCACGGGCCUGGAGCUCAGACCCUUCUGCUGGGCCGGCUGGUCCUGUUUAACCUCCCCCUCCUCCCUCCUGCAGCCCGGCUGGUCCAGUUUAACCUUACCCUCCUCCCUCCUGCUGGACCCGCUUAACCUCCUCUUCCUCCCUCCUGCAGCCCGGCUGGUCCUGUUUAACCUCCCCCUCCUCCCUCCUGCUAGUCCCACUUAACCUCCUCUUCCUCCCACCGGCCAGCCCGGCUGGUCCUGUGUUACCUCCCCCUCCUCCCUGUCCUGCUUAACCUCCUCUUCCUCUGGGCAGUCAGCUACCUGUAAUUGUUGUGCUAGUUGGUAAGGCAAUGCAAGUUCAUUUGUAUAGCAAAUUUCAUUCAAAAUGCAAUUCAAAGUGCUUUACAUAAGACAUUAUAAUAAAAGAACAGAAAAAACUGGCAUAAAAAGCUAAAUAUUACUUUGCAUAAACUUGAUCUAUGUGCA